ACCGGGCCGGAUGGGGGUCCCGCCGCCCCUGCCGCCCCCGGUGGCCCCGAUCCUGCUCUUCUUGCUCAGCUUGGCGGGGAGCGGCGCGCCUGGAGACGGCGGAGAGGAAAACAAGGUGGUUUUCACGGACACCAACAGAGUCUAUAGUCUGAAUUUUCCGGGCAACAGCAGACCACACCGCCUAACCGGGGCAGCGUAUGGGGAGUAUGGAUACUGGCCUCCGCAGCACGGCCCCCACAGCCUGAAGGUCUCACAGAAGUUAUUCCGGCGCUGGGAUGGCGACCGGAAGCUGGGGGUGUCAGGCAGGCAACGGCGGGCGAUUCGGUGGCUGGGACGCCUCCUUUAUCCACGGAUGGCCAUGGACGGCAGCCGGAAUUUGGGUCCAGGUGGGGCGGGCGCCCCCCCGCCUGCUGCCGCUAUCAGCUUUCGAGACGAGAGAGAGGACAUCCCUAAGCCAGGCAACCCUGGGCAGGCCCAGCUCAACGCUACGGCUCACUUGAGCUUCCAGCCCUCACUUGCCUUCCGACCCUCACUUGCCAUCCCACCCAGCAAAGCAGGGACAGCCCAGAAGACUGGCUGUCAGUGUCCGGACCAAGGACUCAGCCAAGCCCAGGACCAGCCGGGGCAGGGAGUGCAGGGUCAGCGGUCAGCGGGGGUCCGCUUCCCCACCCCCCGCACGGAAGAGGCGGCCUGGGCAGCCAGCGCCCUCACUUUCCUGCUGGUGGUGCUGACGCUGGCCGUCCUGUACGCCCGGCUCCAUCGCAGGUGCCACCGCAGCCGGAGUCUCUACUGGACGGUUCAUGGCGAGGAGGGGCGCGACACGGUCGCGGCUAUCGUCAAACGCCGCCUCCUCUCCGCGCCGGGGAGGCGCAAGAAGCGGCCACGGCAGCAGCAGCAGCAGCAGCAAAGGCCGCUUCUGCCAACCACCUCCAGCGAGAGCUCCGCGUGAGAUCCGGACCCGUGCAGCGGAGACGUUUGGGACAGGUCUCUGCCCACGGAGGGAGGGAGGGAAGAGGCUAUCGCUGGGUGUAGGACAGCAAUCGCUAGCAGCCCUGAAGCCCUCGGGCGCUGCUGGUCUUCCGAGGAGCGGGCUUCCUCACUUUGGACUCUCUGCGUUUUCCAA